ACUUUCAGAUUGAAUAUUUUUCUAUCGUAACAUUAUAAGUGAUCGAAAAUCACUUUAUUCUAAAUAUCCGUUUAACGAUACAAGGCUCAGGGUUAAAGCUGUUGAAGUAAAAUGAGUGAGAUAGCUCAGUACAAUGAAAUUUCUAAAUUGUACGACUCCACAAGGGAAGCUGCUGAAGCCCACAUUCUCAAAAGUCUAAUGGAAAACUUCACCGGAAAAAGUGUCAAGGACAUGGAUAUUAUUGACAUUGGAUGUGGAACGGGUAACUACUCUAAAUAUUUCCUCCAAUUUGAGCCACACAGCUUGGUGUUAAUGGAUGCUAGUGAGGGAAUGAUUAGUAAGGCCAAAGCCAAACUGUCCCCUGACCCUGCCAAAACCAGCCUGUCAUUCAAACAAGUCGUUCUGCCAGAGAUGCCAUAUGAUGACAAUUCUUUUGAUGCUGCAAUGAUUAAUCUGGUUCUACAUCAUUUAGAGAAAAAUCCUGAUGGAAAAUCUUUUCCAAAGGUAGUUCAAACUUUGAAGGAGGCAUAUCGGAUCCUCAAGCCGGGAGGGGUUUUAACCAUCACUACCGUGACACCUGAACAAUUAGAUGGAAACUGGUUUUCAAAACUUGUCCCUCAGAACACAGAGCGUUGGCACAAAAGAUUGCUUACUCACAAACAAAUGAAGACAAUUCUGGAGGAGUCUGGGUUUAAACUUGUGUCAGCUCAGUCAACAUUGAUGGCAUCGUAUCACCCAAAUCAUGAUAACAUAGAGGGACCUUUGGAAAAAUCCUGGAGGGACAGUAUAUCAUUCUGGGGAACUUGUACAGAGUCAGAAAUUCAGGACAUGAUACAAAAAGUCACAAAAAUGAAAAAUGAAGGAACUCUUCAAGAAUUCUAUGAAAAACAUGAGAAAAUACAUAUUUUUGGGGCAUUGGAAAUUUUAGCAGCUAAAAAGGAAGUCAAAUAAAGUUUUUCAAGAUUUUAA